GGCAAGGGCUAGGACGUGUGAUAAUUCAUCUGGAAAUCACACAUCCAGAUACUAUGUCUGAAUGUCAGUUCAUGAACUAUUUUUUCAAAUCUAUAUUCCAAAGGCUGGAGGAAACUGCGGUGACACUUCAAAGCCCAGGAAAUCCUAGAAGGGUUCACGCAGCGUACUCCGUACUCACAGCCAGACUCAUAGGCAGGGAGUUAGAUCCUUCGGCUCUCACAAGCUGAGAG